AUGGAUGCUGCGCGCACUUGGUACGGUGAAUCUUUGCUGGAGGGCGACAUUGCCUCCUGGGUCCAGAGCCGGGUCGUAGAGAAGGGAUGGAGAGAAGAAUGCAGUGAAGCAAUGAAGACCAGUUUGCGGUUCCCUGGGUCCGGCGGAGCUCAACCAAUUACUUUAAAUGCGCGAGCCGGGAACAUUACGGAAAAUGAUAUCCAAGGCCGUUUGCGAUCGUUCCAAAAGGCAAUGUCAGGUUUCGAAAUUGAUCUCCGCAUUUCAGAGCCACCAUCCUACAAUAUCGUGCCUCCCCCAUACGAUGAUGCUGUUAAUGAUCUGCCUCCCCAAUACUCCGAGAAUGCGCCAUUGGCUCAAAAGCAAGAUCUGACUCAGGGCAUUCACCUAGAAGGCGACUCGAAACCUAGAUCUGCACCCCAGGCGUUUGACUUUGAAAAACCCACCGGUAUACGCGAGUGCAAAGGAAAGAAGAAAAAGUCAAAUGCCGCGAAACCCCCCGCACCGCCGCCGCCCGCCAACGACCCACCGCCACCCCAGGACAACGGGGGGGAUAAGCCUGAUGAAGGCGCGGGAGAUAGCGGGGGCGAUGCGGGGGGCGGCGGAAGCAAUGGUGAUGACGGUAAUGGCGGUGGGGAUGGAGACGGUGGAGAUGAGGACUCGAAUGCAUGGGGCAUACCAUUGUCCAAAAAGGCACAGAAGAAAAAGAAAAAGCAAGAAGAAGAAGAAGAAGAGAAAAAGAAGUUAGAGGAGGAAGAAAAGUUGAAGAGGGAAGAAGAAGAGCAACGAGCCAAGGAAGAAGAGGAGCGAGUCAAGGAAGAAGAGGAAAGGGCCAAGGAAGAAGAGGAGCGGAAAGCUAAGGAGGAGGAAGAAAGGAAGGCCGCAGAAGAAGCCACAGCAGCCAAAAACAGUCUCAGCUGGGCUGAUGACGCUGAAGGAAAUGGCGACGAUACAUGGGUUGGCCUUGGAAAGAAGAAGAAAAAGAAGGGCAAGGCGGAGCUGGUUGACGCUGAACCUCCUGCCAGUUCGUUCCAGGAGGUCAGUUUGGGCGACGGUGUUCCACAGCUAGACCUGGGUCUUGACCCUCCGAAGAACAGCGGCUUUAGUUUCGGAGGCUGGGGCAAAGAUUGGGCAACUGGCAACAAAUGGGGCGUUGACUCUCUCGCAGGAGGUAACGGGAAAGGUAAUGAUGACAACAAUCCGUGGUCGCCAGGCGGCAAAAAUGAUCCUCUCAAGACAUCCGUCGGUUUCGAUUUCGGAAAUUUCGAUAACCCAGCAACUAACGGUGAUGCUACGGAAGCGAAAAACGACGAGGAUGAUGACUGGGGUAUGGCUCCAGUGAGCAAGAAGGACAAGAAGAAGAAGAACAAAGAGGCUGAACUUCUCAUCGAGCCCGAACCAGCUCCCAUCAAAGAACCUGGGCCAUCGGUAGACAACGCCUGGGGCAUUGGAUUAUCCAAGAAAGAGAAGCGGAAAGCAAAGAAGGACGUUGGCAAGGCUGACGAACCCGCACCUGACCCCAUUUCCGAGCAGGUAGACGUUGCUUGGGACGCUCCUCAAGAGGAGAAGGUUACGGAGGUAAAUGAUGACAACGACUGGGGCUGGGAUGAACCAACCAAGAAGAAGGACAAGAAGAAGAAACAGGAAGAUCUUGUAUUUGAAGAACUCCCAGCGGAGCCGCCCAAGGCCCCUGAGCCAGCCCCGAUUGAAAACGAUUGGUUUAGUGGUGCAACAACCAAGAAGAAGGACAAAAAGGCAAAAAAGAAAGAGGAGGAGGAACGGAAAAAGAGAGAAGAGGAGGAGAAGAAGAGGCAGCAGGAGGAGGAAGCGAGAAAGAAGCAAGAGGAAGAAGAAGAGAGGAAAAGGCAAGAAGAGGAGGAGGAGGAAGAGGAGAGAAAACGACAAGAGGCAGAGGAGGAACGAUUGAGAAUAGAGGAGGAGGAACGAUUGAGAAUAGAGGAGGAGGAACGCAAGGCAAAGGAAGAAGAGGAGCGCAAGGCUAAAGAGGAAGCGGAGAAGAAAGAUGACGGCUGGGGAUGGGGGUUCACUGCUACAGAUAAAAAGAAGAAAAAGAAGGGCAAGGCCGCGCUAAUUCCAGAGCCAGCUCCAGAACCUCGUCAGCCUACACCUCCUCCAGAGCCCGAGCCGAAACAGGAACCUGAGCCUGAGCUAGAACCUGUUGUUGAACCAGAACCAGAACCCGAACCUGAAUUGGAGCCCUGGACACCCGAUUUUCCCGACGAUCCUCUCUACGAUAACUGGCUUCAGCUAUCCUCGAAGGAGCGAAAGAGGCGAGAGAGAUCACUCUUGAAGAAAGGGCUUCCGAUCCCAGGUAAAGAUAUUGACUUAUCCCCCCCCAAGCAGGACACAGCACUGGAACCUGAGCCAGAAGCUGCCCCCGAGCCGGUCCACGAGGAUCCUCCAGUCCCAGAUCCAGAGCCUGUUCCUAACGAGAACAACCAGCUGGUUGAGAUAAGCCAUGAUGUCCCUGCAGAUGACCCAAUUGAGGGUAGCUGGGGAAUCUGGGGUUCUUCGAAGGACAAGAAAAAGUCUAAGAAGAACCGCAUCUCAGAGGAGCCGCCCCCGCCUGCGCCUACCCCCCCAUCUUGGGGCCUUGAAAGAGAAUACACCAGGGAGUUCGAGAAUAUCCCCGAAGACCCGAUAUGGGACGACCUUGACAGUAUGCCCUCAAAGCCGAAAAAAGUACCGGUUGAAGAGACGAUUGUGAAGGCUGCUAAAGGAUUUUGGGCUAGUAUAGGCGAGGCUACAAUGGGUAAACCAAAGCCAACAAAGAAGAAGUCAGAGGAAAACCCCAGAUCAAUCGAGCCUGUAGAAGAGGCAGGCGAAGCUGACCUAUUAAUCGAUGUUGGUGAUGUGGCUAAGGAGGAGCCCGCGCCUAUCGCGCCUAUCGUACCUGAGGCACCCGAACCACCAGCCGCGCCAGCCGUGGUGACAACGAAGACGGCUGCUGCCUCCUCCAAGAUCAAACCAUCAACUAAGCUCUCAGUAGCGGAGCGCAUCAGUGCCCUUGAAAAGGCAAAGAAAGAAAAGUUGAAAGAAAAGGCUGCGCUCGAAAAAGCGAAGCUAAAAGAAGUUCCUCCCCCGCCCCCAGAGCCUGUGGAGCCCCCGCAGGUGGAUCCAGUGGAUAUCAACCCGGAGCCAACAAAAACCAAAGCAUCUCGAGACUCUGUUCCAGGGAGUUUCCCUGACGCUUUUGAUGAUGAAAUCGAUGAUUUUCCACCAGUAGAGGUUGUCCCUGAGCCCAAGCCCGUACCGGAACCGGAACCAGAACCACAACCAGAACCACCCAAGAAGGCCAAGGCUGAACCCAUACUAUCUAAGAAGGAGAAGAAGAAGGAGAAGAAGAAAGGGAAACUUAUUGAACCCGAGCCUGAACCUGAACCACUACCGGAACCCGUGCGCGAACCGGAGCCGGAGCCAGAGCCAGUCAUUCUCUCCAAGACUGAGAAGAAGAAGAAAAAGAAAGCAAAGGAGCCGGAACCUGAACCUGUGCUGGAGCCCGAGCCCGAGCCCGAGCAGGAAAUUAUACCAGAACCUGAGCCGGAACAAGGUAUUCUAACAAAGACUCAGAAGAAAAAGAAAUCAAAAAAAGUCGAGCCCGAACCUGUCCCCGAACCCGAUCCAGAGCCAGUCAUUCUCACAAAGACAGAGAAGAAGAAGAAAGCAAAAGAGGUUGAACCUGAGCCUUUGCCUGAACCGGAAAUAAUCCAGGAGUAUGAGUCUGCAGCAAAUGCAGAGAGGGCUAUAGAUUUAGAGGACGAACAACCUCCUGCUCCUAAGCCUGAGAAGAUGGCUAAGAAGAGCAAGAAAAGCUCGAGCUCGAAGAAGGCCAUACCACCACAGGAUCCUAUCACUGCUGAUGACGUUAUGGCUACUGGUGCGCUAGAAGUAAACCCUGAUAGUCUACCGACGCCUCCCCCAGAGGAACGACCUGCGAAAAAGGAGCGCUCUCGUUCGGAGCGCACGCCAGUAGCUGCUCCUUGGGGCUUCUGGGGUGCCACGCCUCCUAGGAAGCCAACGACUCGGGAAGUCCGGUCGAGCAGGAAUGAAGCCUCCCCUGCAUUGGCAAGAUCAAGAUCGACUAAGCAGGCUAAGGUAAGAGAAUCAGAAAACGAGGCUGAAAGGUCAUCCACAUCCGAUAAGGGCAGGCAGCGAGAGUCUAGAUCCAGCCGUGGGAUGACCUUCUCAAACUUCAUCUUUGGAGCGCCUCCUCAACCUUCUCGCAUGAGCUCAAGUCGAAAGUCUGGAGCCCACCCUUCGAGACGAUCAUCGAGGCAUCGACCAGUAGAUAUGAAUGAAACUGGAUUUCCAUCUCCUCCUCCAGAAGACAGAGAUCUUCCUGACAAGGCGGCUAAGAUGAUGGGUGUCAAUGCCUCGGGAUCUAAAAGGGACAGAACUCAUGGAGAGCGGAGGAAAUCACGUGCUCGCGAUCCGUACAUUGUUGACGAUGAUGACCUCGUGGUUGUCAACAGAGAUGAUAUUGAAAACCCCUCCAAAGAUGGCUCGAGAUAUUCAAAACAUUCCGGACGGGGAUCUAGAAGGUCGAGAUCAAACGCAGGAGAACUUAAUGGAGGUGAAGUCAUGGUUGAGAGGGAGCCUCCCAAUCAAGCUCCAGAUGUGGCUUCCGGUCCCGAUGACAUGGCCUUUGUAGAAGCUCCAUCAAGAGAACGACGUAUGAAGCGAUCAAAUACUACUCCAAAGCGACCUGAGCCUAGUGGCUUCAUGGGAUUGAUCGGAUCUUUGCGGAGAUCAACGAGGCCUGAACCUCCAGAACGCCGAAAAUCGCGGCCACGCCGUGACGACGAUGGCAGAUAUCCGACAGAAACGGACAGAGAUGAAUCGCGACAUCUUAAACGAGACGAACGUAGACGACGAUCUGUACGACCCGAUACUGAUGGUGACGGAAUCCCCCCCGAAGCUGCCAUGGCCGGGGCAUUCCCAGACACCGAAGCAGAAGAUGUGGAGGCUAAAAGAGCGGCACGUCGAGCACGUCGUGCUUCGCGACAGGCUGCCCAAGCCGCUGCUGAUGAGCUGCGCGAGACUGAGCUCCGAGCCGCGGAAGAGAGGCGAUCUCGACGGAGGGAGGAGCAGGCUCGUGAGCGCGAGCAGUAUGAAAGGCAACUUCGAGAGGAAGAAGAGCGAGAGGCUAGGCGCCAGGAGGAGAAGAGAGCACGGAGGGCCGCCCGCGAAGAGCGCCGUGCAAGGGAAGAACAAGAAGCGAGAGAGGCAGAAGUUCGAGCGGAAGCUAAAGCCGCUGAGCGCCGUGAGCGAAAGAGACAGCAGGAGGCAGAGAUGUAUGAAAACGCACAACGACAGAGACGCCAUCAGCCCCGAAUUGACGACAGAACCGCCAGAGAAUUCUACAUGAACGGCUACGAUGGCGACCGAGCACGUCGAUCCGGAGAAGAUGGCAACAGAUCCAGACGGCGAAGGUCCAGAGCUCGGGACAACACAAGACCUACGCCAAUGCCUCUCGGAGCACGCAAGGACAAGACCUCGUCUUGGAUCGAUAGACAGGUAGAUGAACCGCCUGAGGCACCACAAAUCGUUCCGACUGUCUUGGACAUGCCCCCUGGUGCUGGCGAGCCACUCAACGGCCACUCAAUGUCGUCGGAUGAGGAGGCUCGACGCCAGCUCCGUCGACAAGCCCGACGCCGGAGCAAAUACCCCGGGCUUGACGACAGAGAGAUCGAGGAAAUUCGUGAGAGGAGACGCGAAGCGCGAAGAGCGGAGCGUGGUGCCAAAACGAGCUCUGGUAGUGGUGACUACGAGCGAGAACGUGGACCAAGAUACGACGGUCGGUAUGCUCCUGAGCCACCACCACCGGCUUACGCCAACGCAAAGCGUCCCAGCUGGCUCAAGAAGCUCACCACCUUUUGA